GAGAGAGAGAUGUCAAUGUUCUGAUGUAUCAUAAUUUCUCUCCCAGGAUUUGUGAGUGUGAUCUCACAGAGAAAGGUUGUAGAUUUCUGUCCUCAGUUCCUUCUGUCCUGAGUAACAAUAAUCUGCAUGAUUCAGGAGUGAAGCUGCUCUCUGCUGGACUGGAGAAUCCACACUGUACACUGGAGAUACUGAGGCUGGGACACUGCAGUAUUUCAGGUGAUGGUUGUGCUGCUCUACGUUCAGCUCUGAGUUCAAACACCUUAUCACACCUGAGAGAACUGAAUCUGAACUACAAUAAACCAGGAGAUUUAGGAGUGAAGCUGCUCUCUGAUCUACUGAAGGAUCCACACUGUAAACUGGAGACACUACAGAUCUGAUCGGAGUCUCACACACAGAGGAUUAUGAGGAGAAACUCUUACAAAAACACAAACAUGAUCAACAUGACUGUAGAAUAUUUAGUAGUGAGAAUAAUUAUGAAUACACUUAGUGCACAUGUAGAAGGGAUAUGUUGUUACACCAGAUUUUAUAUAUAUAUAUAUAUA